GAGCACCGCUACAGAGAGCCAGCACCAGCCAGAGGCUUCUAGAAACAACGUGCACCGGGACAGUCACCGGCAAACACACUCGCUCUCCGCACGAAACGUUACACAGUAUAACUUUUUUUAUUAUCAUUUAGCUGGCUAAAUGGCGAAGUGGGGAGAAGGGGACCCUCGCUGGAUUGUAGAGGAGAGAGCCGAUGCGACUAAUGUCAACAAUUGGCACUGGACUGAACGAGAUGCAACAAACUGGUCCUCAGACAAAUUAAAAUCAUUGCUCCUCGGGUUGAGCGUGGAGAACGAAGAAGGGGCGUGUGAGGUGACCGAAGUCAGCAAGCUGGAGGGAGAGGCCUCGAUUAACAACCGCAAAGGGAAACUUAUUUUCUUCUAUGAAUGGAACCUGAAAGCUGCUUGGACUGGAAAGUCAAAAUCAGGAGUGAAUUAUAAAGGAACACUUGAAGUUCCGAACCUGUCUGAUGAAAACGACAUGGAGGAUCUUGAUAUUUCUGUUUCGUUGAACAAAGACGAACCCGAAACGCCGCUGACCAACCUGAUGAAAACGAAAGGAGCCGAGAAGGUGCGUGAAGCCCUGGGAAGCUACGUCGAGUUCUUAAAAACAGAGUUCACGCAGGGAAUGAUCCUGCCCACAGCCAACGGUGUGGCCAAGCCGCAGUCCACAUCACAGUCCAAAGCCAAGCUGGAUAAAACUCAGAUUUCCUCCUCAGGCAGCACCACUGCUCCAGUCAACACCGGCGUCAAGAUCCCCACCUGUAAAUUCAGCAUUAGAGAAACGUUCCUCACCUCACCAGCUGAUCUCUACAGGGUGUUCCUCAACCAGGAGAUGGUCCAGGCGUUCACACAUGCUCCAGCCACAGUGGACGGAGAGAGGGGCGGAAAGUUUCGUCUGUUAGAAGGAAAUGUUUUCGGUGAAUUUACGGAGCUGAUACCUGAUGAGAAAAUAGUUAUGAAGUGGAGGUAUAACAACUGGCCCUGCGAGCAUUACGCAACCAUCACCAUGACCUUCUUGGACCGGAGCAGCGAGACGGAGCUGAAGGUGGAGUGUCGAGGCGUCCCGGAGAGCGAGGAGGAGCGGACGAAAGAGGGCUGGAAGAGAUACUACUUCGAAGCUAUUAAACAGACUUUUGGCUACGGAGCGCGACUCUUCUGAAGACGGCGUGCUGUAGUACUGUUUCUCUUUUUCUGUUUUUUGGAUUUUUAAAACUUCUUGUCCUUCGAUCUCUCUGGAACGAGAAGUCCCAUUUGUAAACUCAUAGCACGAGUUAACGAAAGAGAAGAAAAUAGGUGAGGCCAGCCUGUCACCUGUCUGUGUACGUGUAAAUGUUUUAAUUUCUCAACAUAUUUAAAUCUAGUUUCUCCCCGUCAGUAUUUGGGUCAGUUUUUAAACGCAGCGUAAAUGGACUGUGCCUCUGGGACUCUGGAUGAAAAAUACAUUGAAUAAAGCAAAGGAGAAUUUAUUGAACCACUAAUGCAAAUUGGCCUUUACUUCUAUAAAUAUGUAAUUAUUGCAAGAGUUAAAAAUAAAUGUUUGUUUUCUUUUAUUUGAAAAAAUAUUCUGUUGCUUUGAAAAUUGAAUGUUUAUUUUUUACUUUAUUUACUCUUUUCAAGUGUAAUUGUAGUGACGAUGCUUUCAGCCGAGAUGCAUGUUCCAUUUCAAACUUUCAGAGGGAGGAAUCACCACUGGACUUGAACCUUACACGUGUUAAAGCUAAGCAGUACUGUACGUUCAGUUGUUUCAAUGAGACUUGAUUUCAUGCACAUUAUGAGCCCAGCGUCCGUCUGGGGGAUCAGCUCAGCUCGGACCUUCAGCGGGAGCGUUAAGGCAAAUGUUUCAGUGUUGGAAACAUGAAAACAGUUUCAAUCUCUUAUGCAGGUAACUAGCAUAGCAACUAAAGAGAGAUGUUUUGCUAUAUUUGGCUUCAAACUGUAAAUUUCAAGUUAAAAAAAAAAAGCUUUUAGAACAAAAUGCAUCUAUUUAUUCCUCAUUUCAUCCCCUCACAAUGUAAAAAGAUUAGUUUCUUGGAAUAAACCAAUCCCUAUCUGUA